UACCCGGGCACCCGCUGCCCACUGGGCACUGCAGGGCCCUCGGGGACUGGCUUCCGCGGGCGUCAUGACGGCUGCGGUGUUCUUUGGUUGCGCCUUCAUCGCCUUCGGGCCCGCGCUCUCCCUUUACGUCUUCACCAUCGCCACUGAUCCUUUGCGAGUCAUCUUCCUCAUCGCCGGUGCCUUCUUCUGGUUGGUGUCUCUGCUGCUUUCGUCUGUUUUCUGGUUCCUAGUGAGAGUCAUCACUGACAACAGAGAUGGACCAGUACAGAAUUACCUGCUCAUCUUUGGAGUGUUGCUCUCUGUCUGUAUCCAAGAGCUGUUCAGGCUUGCAUAUUAUAGGCUGUUAAAAAAAGCCAAUGAGGGUUUGAAAAGCAUAAACCCUGAGGAGACAGCACCCUCGAUGCGACUGUUGGCCUAUGUUUCUGGCUUGGGCUUUGGAAUCAUGAGUGGAGUGUUUUCCUUUGUGAACACCCUGUCUAAUGCCUUGGGGCCAGGCACAGUGGGCAUUCAUGGUGAUUCUCCUCAGUUCUUCCUUAAUUCAGCUUUCAUGACGCUGGUUAUCAUAAUGCUGCACGUGUUCUGGGGCAUCGUGUUUUUUGACGGCUGUGAGAAGAAUAAGUGGUACAUCCUCCUCACAGUUCUCCUGACCCACCUGCUGGUGUCCACCCAGACUUUACUAAGUCCUCACUAUGAAGUGAAUCUGGUGACAGCAUAUAUAAUCAUGGUGCUCAUGGGCAUCUGGGCAUUCUGUGUUGCUGGAGGCAGCCGCCGAAGCCUGAAACUCUGUCUGCUCUGCCAAGACAAGGACUUUCUUCUUUACAACCAGCGCUCCAGAUAACCUCUGACGGUCAGCACCUCCAAACAGCAGCCUGUGUGCCAGAGGAAGGGCAGCUGGCCUCUGUUCUAAAAUGACCCUUUUCUUCUGGAGCUUUGGAGCAGCAGAGCUUCUAGCCUGCAACUGUCCUGUGCUUUCAUGCAGCAGCCUCUGGAAGAGCUGCAGUGUGGCCUGCAGCCUGGCUGCACAUUUGAGGCAUCUGGGGAAACAAAGCCUGAUGCUUCUGGGCCUCCCCUCCAGACUCGAGUAUCCCAGAUGUGCAAUACAGCUGAGUCACUGGGGUCCAAUGGGAAGUUUCAGAGAACCCAAAGGCAGUUCUGUAUUUGUCUCCUAAGCCAACCUCUGCUGAGCAAGUAAAUUUCUGAAAACCUGGGUAGCCCUUGUCUUCUUAUGCACUGACGUCACAGACUAAAGGGCUGUUCUGUCUGUGGAUGGGUUUGCUGUCCUUCACCAGCAUCAUAGGCUGUGCCUUUAAAUGCAGUAACCUACACCGACAUUAUAACUUAGCCACGGUAAGGUCCAUAGAUAACCUGUAGUUUUCUUGCUACUUUUUCCAUUUUAAAUUUUUCUUCCUCAGGUACUAAAUUAUUUAUUUGAGUGUAAAUCCAGGCUCUGAGGAUUGGUUAUAUGCUGAUUUCCUUGGAAGAAAUUGGCAGUGCAAUUUCUAUGCAUUCUAAAAGUUUAUUCAUUAUAUAAUACUAAUAGCAACAUAGCCUCCUCAGUUUAAGCUGCUGUGUGUGCUGUCUGAAGCUGGCCUCGUCAAGGUAAAGCUCACCAUUUUUUAUCUCUGAGAAGCUGGGUAGGGAGAUGAACCAUAUACCUCUGGAAGAUCUUCUCUGGACUUUGUGAGAAUGUAGCUCAACCACAAAGUAGUGUGACAAUGACACUUCUCAUUUCCUCCUGUGACACCAAACAGUGCCAUUGCCCUAAUGGUACGUGGUAAAAUUGGCGAUCGUCAUUAAGCUGUCAGAUUUCAAGCUGGCGUGUAACUUUUCAUCUUCAGGGUUUGUCUGGGUUCUCCUUUCAGCGACACAAACAGCAUUCUCUUUAUAGGACUGUCAGAGGGCUUUGUUAGUCUUCCAGAGCAGUCCUCUGGCUUCCUCUGUAAGAGGAAAUGCUACUGAAUUGUGAGCCUACUGUGGAAACUGUUCCCAGUCCAAGUGUUCUAGGAACUUAGAGUGUGAAGUAGAAAUUUACCUCUACAUGGAAGUGAUGCCUUGGUGAACCCAGCACACAUAUGCACUUCCGUAAGAACCAGGGGCAGCAGAGAGAGGGCUUGACAGUGACACUGAAGAUGAGCGUGACAGCACCAUGGUGACAAGAAGAUGGAUGUGUUUGAAAUGAGGAUGCAGCCAAUGUUUUGAGCUGACUAGAAUUUUUUUUUUUUUUCGGAGCUGGGGACCAAACCCAGGGCCUUGCGCUUCCUAGGCAAGCGCUCUACCGCUGAGCUAAAUCCCCAACCCCCGAGCUGACUAGAAUCUUAACCAGGAACUAAACCUUAAUUAUGAACUCCCACCAUGCUUAAAAUAUGUGAGUGUCUCAGUGUAGAGUUGCAAGAGUAAGAAGCUUCUAGCAAGACUACAGACUUCCCGAGAAGCCACCGUGGUUACCUCCUUAAAGGCUACUUCAGCUCUAAGUCAUGGCAGUGCCUUUGCUGGAGUUCGUAGAUUUGUAGUUUUAUAUAAGAGUUUCCUUGGAGUAGAAAGACAAAGACAUAGAAAGAAAAACAGCAAACUUCACUUUACAGAGCCAAAAACAAGUAGAUGCCCACAGAGCUGGGAUGUGUUUCUUCCUGAACAUGGUAUUUUCUCUUGUUAAACUAAGGAAGAAACACAUAUCAUUGGUUAUUACUGCUGUCUUAUACACCUUGUAUGUAGAUAUUUUGAUAAAAUGUUUGCUUGUCUGAGGUAUGGAGAACCUGAGAAUUUGACUGUUGUUAAACUUGAGCUCUAAGCAAAUAAUCUAAGCAAACCAUGAUAUUACAAAUGAGACAAUUAUAAAAUCUCAAUUAAUAAAAGCUCAGAUGAAUGGCUGGGAAGAUGGUUCACUGGUUUAGCACACAUACUGUUCUUUCAGAGAACUCAAGUUCAGAUCCCAGAACCUCCUUUGAGCAGCUCACCACCACUUCUAAGUACAGCUCCAGGAGCUCCAAGGCAUCUGGCUCUCAACUGCAACUGUAUUCACGUGCCUACACAGACCAGAGCAUGCAUACUCAACAACAAUAGAACCAUCACACAUUGGAAGGGAAUUUGCCUAGAGAAACUUAGUUGAGGAAAUUAUUGAGUAGUCCUUGGUUGCCUAUAGUAGUUCUGAUACUGUGAGUGUCGUUGUAGCUCAGGCAGAACUCUCUCAAUAGCCUGCUUUGCACCUUACCUAGGAAGCCUGAGGGAGGAGGAGUCCUACACAUACACACUGAAAUGCUGCUCUUAUUAAUAAUUGAAAAGGAGUAGCCUGGAUGUUGUAUGCUGUGCUUCGCACAGGUUUUCUGUGAAGAGAGAAAAGUGCACAUAAAAUUGACCUGGAAUCUUGAACAUUGUUUUAGCGCUUGUGUAACAGAUAUUCGUUGGCCAUGUGAAUAUCAGGGACAGAUUCAGUUGCGCUCUUAUAUAAGCCACGUUUAUCUUUAGUUUGUUUGAACCAGUGCUCAUUACUGGAGCUGCGUAAAGCCACCCGUCUGUUCUUUUGCUUGCCUAACUAGCAGUGUAGUAACAGUGACCUCUUCAGAUGAAAUGUGCUCAAAGGAGGUGAGGACAGUGUCUUCAGACUGCACAGAAGAUGCCUUUUGUUCCCAGUAAAUGUAAGUACUGUGAGAGAGGCUUUCUAUACCUAGUUCUUGUUACAUUAGCUUCAGCCCUGUAUCAACACAGGUGUAAACAAUAGAUGUGAGCACUAAACCCUUGCUGGCGAUUGUAGGCAUGUGCCACCAUGCCUAGCUAAAGGAUAUCAUUACGAUUACAAUGUUUAUUUUCUUAGUUUAACAGUAGGCUUUACUUUAGUCUUUUUUAAUGUUUAGAGGAAAUGAGCACGAUCUCUGUGUAUCAUCUAUAACGUUUUUAUAUGUUAAACCUUUAUGACCUUCACUCUGUAGCAGCAGACCUUCCAGACCUGUGUUUUUUCCAAUGGGCAGUAAAAACAUUAUUUAACAUUUCAUUCUUAAUAUCUCACUCAUUUGGAGUAGACCAUCCUUCAGUAUCUGUUACUAUAGUUACUGCCUUGCUUGAAACUUGGCUGUACAUUCUGUUGUUUAUUACUGAUUAGUUAUGAGACUUCCAAAGUGAAGUUCAUUAGCUAAUUUACAAUCCAUGAGGCAUGUCUCAUAUCUCUGUAUUCAGAAUCAAUUUGGCACAAAGAUGUUCUUGAGGCUUCUUAAAGCCAAGUAAAGGGGAAAAAACCCUUAAGGAUUUUGGAGUUUUACUUUGAAAACUCUCUAAAAAAUUGUGAAAGAGUGAACUUACAAAUCCUUACAGAGUAGUAGCUGAAGACAGAGGCAGGCAAAAACAGCAUGAUUUAGCUUCUACUUGGCAGCUUCAAAUAGCUUAGUCUUGUCACUUUCCUCCCCUAGUGAGGAGAUGAGGCAGCUAAGGGGUCAUGUAUGCCCUUUGCCCUCAGACAGGAGGGUCAGAAAACUGGGAGGACCUGUCAUUGGAAUCCAUAUGGUGAGAGUUGGCCCUUCUGAAGUGGGGCCGUUCCAGGUUUCUACUGAUCAUCUUCCUGGAUGACCCAGCCUCUGGACCAAUAGCUCUGAGCUACAGUACAGUAUACUUUCAAUACAGCUGAGGAGGUGCACACUCCUCAUGUGUCAGCCCAGCGUCGGCUACCGCUUCACUGGCCCUUUCUCAAUAAAGUCGUGAGUCUUGCUAGGUGUCACUUACUUGGGGUUUAGUUAGAAUGGAGGUUUCCUGAUGAACAGCCUCAGAUGUGAGAAUCUUCUACUAGAAAAAUAUAAAUAUUUUGUCUUCAUCUUAUCAAAAAUUAGAAUAGAAGAACUGUUCAGCUGACUUAUUGAUCUAGAUUUGAGUAGAACACUUGUAUUCCAUUCAACACACAUUUUAACAUGUCCAAUACUUUAAGGCUCAGUGACUUGUAUAUGAUAUUUGUUAUUUAAGUAUAAAUCAUGUAAAACUAUACUUUAAAAAAGUAUUUGUGUAAAAUAAAAGGUGGAAUGUCA